AUGAUCUUUGCGAAAUACCUCAUUUUAUCUUCCUUAGUGCUAGGAGUACAGUUAUUCCUGUACCAGACUCAGCGGAUCCAGUUUGUUGACGUUAGUGACACCGCAAAGAUCCACUGUUCUUCCAAAGAAAACUUGGAAGGAGGCAGUAGCAUAUUUUGGUAUUUGAGAAGAGAAGGUGAGACACCCACCUGCAUUAAGCGCUGUUUGGAUGAUCAAAAAGUAGGUAAAUUUGUUUGCAAACACAAGACACACAGCUCGACACUGGAAAUCAGCAAUAUUCAAAAGACUGACUCUGGCAUUUACUACUGUGCAGUUAGAAUUACCAGCUACCUGAUUUUCGGGAAUGGAUCCACACUCAUUGUUGGAGACAGUUAUACCAACAGCAGCUGGGUGAUGCUUCUGGUCCCAUUUCCACAUGGCAGUCAAGUCACUGGGACAGCAAAUCUGGCCUGUGUGAUCCAGGGAGUGUCCAGCCCAGUCCAUGUUUCCUGGAGUGUUUCUGGGGAGCUGCAGGAACAGGGGCUGACGCGCUCAUUGAAAGCAAAGGAUGGAUCUUUAACACUCAUAAAUCACAUCAGCGUCCCCAGGGACACUUGGACCAGUGGGAAGAAUUUCACCUGUGAAGUCAAAUUCAACUCUUCUGGCAGCAGUGUGAAGAAAAGUACCAGAUAUCCUGCAGCCCACACCAGUAGUUGCCUGCCUUCCAUUGUGUCCCUGGCCGUGCUGAGCGCCCUGAUGCUGUUGACGGUGUCUCUGAGUCUCAUCUGGACCCUCUGCCCUUCCAGGCUAGCUGGUGAGAUGCUGCAGCUCAACGUAUUGUGUCUGAGAGGGGACUUUGCAAAUCCCACAGGCCAGGUUCUGCUCUCACUUGUGCCCAUGUAA